AUGGAGGACCCGCUACGUGACCAGCAUGAGGCCGCCUGCGCACUCGCUAACAACAACACGGAACCACCAUCCGAGGUGUACUGUGAGGGUACGUUCGACAGCUGGGUGUGUUGGCCGCACACGCGCGCCAACUCCACCGCGUACGCGCCGUGCCCUGACUUUGUGCCAGGCUUCCGGCCCGAGUGUGAGUGCAUACCACCGACCGUCACUAGUCAAAGUAUUAUUAAACACAUUAAAUGCAAAUUAACGUUCCGUUUGAAUAUUAAAUUGAUGUUGGACGUGAGUGACAUCAUCGCAGUGUACGAGGCCGGCUACAGCGUGUCCCUCGUGGCUCUGCUCCUGUCGCUAGGAAUAUUGUUUUAUUUCAGGAGUCUGCGAUGCGCGCGCAUCACCGUGCACAUGAACCUGUUCGCGUCGUUCGCCAUCAACAACGCGCUGUGGCUCGCGUGGUACGCGCUGGUGGUGCGGUCGCCGCGGACGCUGGCGGCGUCGCCGGCGUGGUGCCGCGCGCUCAACGCCACGCUGCAGUACGCGCUCCUCACUAACUACACGUGGAUGCUGUGCGAGGGAGUGUACCUGCACACGGUGCUCGUGAGCGCGUUCGUGUCGGAGCGGCGGCUGCUGCGCGCGCUGCUGGCGGCCGGCUGGCUGGUGCCGGCGCCGGCCGCCGCCGUGCACGCCGCCCGCCGCGCCGUGGCCGGGGAGCCGCUCUGCUGGGCCGACGACGGCGCGCCGCGGCCCGAGCUGGCCGUGGUCGUGUGCGUGGCGGUGCUGCUGAACCUGGGCUUCCUCUGCAACAUCGUGCGCGUGCUGUGCACCAAGCUGCGCGCGGGCGGCGGCGUGGGCGGCGCCGCGGGCUCGUCGCGGCCCUCGGCCACGGCGCUGCACGCGCUGCGCGCCACGUGCCUGCUGGCGCCGCUGCUCGGGCUGCAGUACCUGCUGACGCCGUUCCGGCCCCCUCGCACGGCGCGCUACUGGCUCGUGUACGAGUACGUGUCGGCGCUGACCACGUCGCUGCAGGGCCUGUGCGUGGCGAUCCUCUACUGCUUCUGCAACGGCGAAGUUCUCGCGCAGCUGCGGCGCAAGUGGCGAGUGCUCACGUUCCGUCCGCGAGCGAACUCGACCACCAACACGACGGUCUCGGUGAGUUUGUAUCGCCGUCGUCGUCGUAUGAUUCGUCGCAACCGCAUUCUGAUACUACCGAUCUGA